AUGAGUGUUAGGGUGCGUUUGGUUGUUGUUACUUGUGAGGAUCCCGGCGCCGUCAACAACUCAGUUCGUCAUGGCAACACGUUCAAGUACCAGCACACCGUGACGUAUCAGUGUACCUAUGGCUACUACGUCGUCGGUAUCACCUCGCUACAGUGUACUGAGCAUGGUAACUGGUCUACGGCAGUACCCACGUGUAUUGCCUACACUUGCGACACAAGUUUCCCACCGCCAGUGCAUGCCACGACCAUCACAAGCGCAGCACCGGGUAACUUUCAGACCAACAUGACCGUAACCGAGGGCCAGACGAUCCUCACGCAGUGUGCCCUGGGCUUUGGCAACCGAGGCACUGCGUCGGCUGCGUGUACGCUGGGCGAAUGGGUGCCCGACUUCCAGCCAGACUGUCAGCGGCUGAGCUGCAAUUCCUCGAUUCCGUCGGGCGGUGCCAACACCACGCGAACAGGCUCGGGCAACAUGUACCAGGACGUACACACGUUUGAAUGUAUCCGUGGUUACGCGUGGGCGUUGUCGACGGCAACGCUGAGCAUAAUGUGCGCGCACGAUGGGACCUGGUCGGCUGUUGCACCCGACUGCACUCGGGUGGCCUGUCCACAGCUCACGUCAGUUGCGAGAGGAUUGUGGAAUUCGGACCAAGGCGUGUUUGAGGAUGUCGUCACUGGGCAAUGCGAUAGCGGGUAUGAACUGGUGUCAGGCAACUGGUCAAGAUCAUGCCAAUCUGAUGGCACUUGGUCGGGUACGGACCCGACGUGCGCCCGGGUGAAGUGCCCCAGCGUUCCCGUAGUGAGCAACGGCGGAACAGAGCGUAACCAAGGCAACUCGUUCGGUGACGAGGUGGUAUUCUACUGCGACGCCGGGUACGACUUUGGGAGUCAGCCACGAAUGCUGACUUGCCAGGCGAACAUGACGUGGUCAUCCAGCUUUCCCACGUGUUUACGCGUUACAUGCCCGUCACCUCCAGACAUCGUCUACUCCUCCGCCGGGUCUGGAGAUGACGAGGACGACGAUGCAACAGGUUUACCUGUCUCUACGGCAUCGUUUGACUAUGGCCACGUGUACAUCUAUGGUCACGUGUACAGCUAUGUGUGUGAUGUUGGUCACUAUCUGAUUGGUGCAAACAACACUACUUGUUCUCAAACUCAUAACUGGACUAAUCCACCACCAACUUGUCAUGCCGUGGAGUGCAAUGUGUCGUCCUUGCCGACGGUCUCCAAUGGCAACCAUAGCCGUGCCCACACGCCCGUUCUCCAGUACAACGAGAGCAUAGUCUGGUCAUGUGAUCAGGGCUAUGAACUACAGACUACUAAUACCACUGCUGCUGGUCCUGGUAGUGGAAUACAGCAAUGCACACACAACACUAAUCGACCUGGAUACUUUAGUGGAGCAACACCUCGCUGUGAACGUGUUGCGUGUCCAGUAUACGUGACAGUGGCCAAUGCAGUGACGGCGCCGCUGCAGACCGAUUAUCGGUACGAGGACACGGUGUCCAUCACAUGCGCUGUCGGCCAUGAAGUUAAGUUGGGCAUUACCAGUCUGAUUGCUACUUGCCUGAGCAGCGGCAACUGGUCGCACAAUGUCGCGGCCUGUACCAUUAUCGAUUGCGGACCAAUCCCAACUGUUCCGUUUGCUGAUCCUCAGGGCAACCUGAGCACGAAUCACAUGUCUUGCACCACCACCACCAUCAUCAUCAUCAUCACCAUCAUCACCAGUAUCUCUAGUAACACCUAUGUUGUCAGUGUAUGA